AACCUACAACUCUGUAACACUUUCUAUUCGUCUAUCACGCCCUCUGGUCCCUUUUCCUGAUUAGAUCAAGCACCUAUCGAAUAAAUUCGUCGUCCACGGCGGCGCGUGAUGAUGUCCAACCUCCAGUAUUGGCUCGUUGACCACCCAACCAUCCUCUACUUCACAUGGACGGAGGGUGAAACCCCGGCCUCCACACCACUCUUCCUCACCCUCGCCCUCCUCACCUACCUCUCCCUCACUCUCCUCCUCACGCGCCUCCCACUCCCCCCACUCAACCUCAAACCAAUCUCCGCCCUCCACAACCUCACCCUCUUCCUCCUCUCCCUCACCAUGGCCCUCGGCUGCACCCUCUCCAUCCUCUCCUCCCCUUCCUCCACCCUCUGCUUCUCCCCCACCACCACCACCCCAACUGGGCCCCUCUUCUUCUGGGCCUACGUCUUCUACCUCUCCAAGCUCCUCGAGUUCCUCGACACCCUGCUCAUCAUCCUCACCCGCUCCCUCCACCGCCUCUCCUUCCUCCACGUCUACCACCACGCCACCGUCCUCCUCAUGUGCUACCUCUGGCUCCACACCCGCCAGUCACUCUUCCCCGUCGCCCUCGUCACCAACGCCUCCGUCCACGUCCUCAUGUACGCCUACUACUUCCUCUGCGCCGUCGGGAUACGCCCCAGGUGGAAGCGCGCCGUCACAGACUGCCAGAUAGUCCAGUUCGUUUUCAGCUUUGCGGUUUCGGGUCGGAUGCUGUACCUGCAUUUCUCCGGGUCUGGGUGCUCCGGAAUCUGGGGAUGGUGCUUCAAUGCCGUCUUUAAUGCCUCGCUGCUGGCGCUUUUUCUUGAUUUUCAUGGCAAGAGCUAUGCCAGUAGAAACCCAAAGGAUAAACGCUCAUGAAUUCAUUGUUGAUUCUUUGAUCAUCUGAAUGCAAUUUGAUUCACUUGUUUUU